AUGAUCGAAUCUGCCGCCAACAACAACAACAUUCCUCCUCACAACGAGACUUGUUCUUCUUCGUCGUCAUCAUGUCAUGAAACUUUCAUGAAACGUGCCAUUGAACUCUCUCGUCAAGCCUGUUCUCACGCUCACGGACACAAUCAUCCCUUCGGAGCUCUCUUACUCGAUCACACCACUCAAACCAUUGUCUUGGAAGCAGAAAACACAGUCAUGACAGAUCAAGAUAAAACCAAACACGCCGAACUCAAUCUAUGUUCCAUGGCUAGCCAGAAAUUCUCUCGAGAUUAUCUUUCUGAAAAGUGCACACUCUAUACCUCCACAGAACCAUGCAUCAUGUGUACGGGAGCAAUUUUCUGGGUCGGUAUUGGUCGUGUGGUGUAUGCAUGUUCGGCCGAUAAGUUACGAGAAAUUGUUUCACGUAAACAGCACAAUGAAAAUGAAAAAUCGAGUGGAAGUUUAACGAUUGGAUGUCAUGAGAUAUUUCGAGAGAGAUCACGUGGAUUAAAGGUAGAGGUGGUUGGACCAGUUCUGGAGGAAGAAGCUGCUGCUGUUCAUGAAGAGUAUUGGUAA